CCUAUUUGCAAUGAUCAAGGAAUAAACCGGACAUCGGAUGCUUCUGAUCAUUCAACGACGCAUUGCGUCCGGUAAGUGGGAACGGUCUGAGGAAGGGGACUUCGUACCACCGAUCGAGGAAACGGUAUUUCCAGGUGGUGGUGAUUCAGCGACGAAGUUGUCACCGAGUUGUCGAUCAGUCGAGUAGACGUGCGCGAUGAAGAUGCACGCACUUGCGGUACCAACGGUGACUCUGAUUCUGGCAUGCCUGGUGACGCGGAGUCACAGCCACAUAGUCCAGUGGAGAGAAACGCGGUUACCGGGACCGAUCCGUGAUGCCAUCGAGAGCGGUGCCGCUGCCGCAUAUAACAAGGAGGACUGCCUGUGGAGGCGCGGAAAUGACCAGGAUGUCUGUCCAGAUCCAGAUUUAUAUGUGUAUUUGUACACGCCCGGCAGACCACGGCGGCUGCUGGAUCCCUCGCAGCAAUCUGACUGGCUUCGACAGGACUACGAGCCCACCAAGGACAGUGUGAUCCUGAUCCACGGAUAUGCAGGUGGCGACGACAUAUUGCCGGUCGCAAUUCUGCGCGAUGCUUACUUAAGAAACGGUAGUUACAACGUGUUCCUGGUUGAUUGGGGUGCAUUAAGCGCGCGGCCGUGUUAUCCGGCCGCGGUGGCGAACGUGCGACCAGUAGCGAGGUGCCUCGCCGGCGUCUUUACAACCCUGAGGAACCUCGGCCUGCCAAUUACGAGGACCACUUGCAUCGGACAUUCUUUGGGCGCUCAUGUGUGUGGGACCAUGGCCAACUAUCUCCUCUUCAGGAUGCACAAGAUCAUCGGCUUGGAUCCGGCACGACCACUUGUUCGGCUGGGCCUGGUAAACCGUCUGGAUUCCGGCGACGCCGACUUCGUCCAGGUGAUACAUACGAAUGCCGGUUAUUACGGCGAGGUCGGUCGCAUCGGUCAUGUGGACUUUUGCGUGAACGGCGGAAAAGUACAACCCUUCUGCCAGGACAGAGAAAUGUACCAGCUGUGCAGCCACGUGUGGUCGGUUUGCUUCAUGGCGCAGAGCGUAGACGAUGGCACGAGCAUGAUGGCCGAGUCCUGCUCCAGGAGAUGUCCGUCAGGUCCCAGGAUCGCUGCCAGGGCCGGCGUGUACGUGUCGAUGGGUCAACACACCCCGGCCAACACCAGGGGAUCCUUUUGUCUCAAUAUGAGCGAGCCACCGUACUGUCCCAAGUAUUGGAACGGCCGUGGUGACGAGAGAUGUUGCGUACCGGAAGAUGAGACAAAUGAUGAGAAGAUAGAAAAGAAUAACGUGAAGCGCGACGACAACUCGAAACGUUCGAAAUCUGCGAAACGACCGAGCUUCGAGCUUAUUUUGAGACGGUUAAGAGACAUUAACUAAACUUAACUUGUUGACACAUUAAGCCACAAGUACUUAGAUUUGAAGAAUGAUCCUUGUACAGGCAUCGCGCAAAUCCAUUCCGAUUACUACGCGAUUGUGGUAAGUGAAAUGGAUAUAUCCACCUCUCCUGGAACGAACGUUACAAAAUCGUCUAGUUCAUUUGCGAAUUAAAAUACGAUUUUCAUACUUUGGUGUAAGAUAGAAAAAGAUACGUUUUUUAUUGUUUUAAAGAGUAUUUAAUCGUAUUAUUUUUUACGAGUACCGUUUUACAAUUCGCGUAUUGGUGGGCAGUGAAAUGUAUUUUUCGACAUGUGUUCCCGCAUUAGGUUCCUCAUACGGUACUCGGAGGCAUGCAGAUCUAGAAACGUGAAGCCGCCGAUUAGGUAUUCAGAUGCGGUGCGGUGCGCGUUCCGGAAAAAUCUUACGUUUGUAAUAUACCGGAUGACACCUGUACCGUUAUGCGCUCCACUAAACGCUUGGCGUACGCAUUCACAACAAUAAUGGGUGAUCGAUCGAAAGCCUUGCUAUUCGUGUUAAUGUGCAUUCUCUCACGAUUGAGUGGAAUUUGUGUCCAUCAUAUAAAUUUUUUUGCCUGCUUAAUCAACUCUCGAGCGCUAUAUUGAAGCAUCCUCAUUCUCAAA